AUGGGCAAUAUACCGGGUAAAUCUAAAUCUGAAAAACUUAACAAAAGUGACAAAACCAAGAAAAAGGAUAAAAAUCAGUCCGUUUCGAGUGAAACCAGUUUUAAGACAUUACCGAAAGACAAACAAAAUAGACCUCAAGAUAAUGGACACCCAUUACCAGGGAUGGCACCCAACGGUAAGGUUCUUAUAUACCAGACCUCAUCCAAGCCGUGUCCACUACCACUACCACCACCACCAGCACCGGUAGCCAUCGAUAAUCCUGAGAAUAUAGUGAUCGCGAUGUAUGCCUAUCGGGCCGAACAUACCGGAGACCUGACGUUCAGGAAAGGGGAGAAACUGGAGGUUUUAGAGCGAAGCGAUCCCGACUGGUGGACAGUUAGGCGAAUUGAGACAGGUGAAAUUGGUUAUAUACCGGCUAAUUAUGUGGGAACCACAGUUAUCGAGUCCGAAGACUGGUACUAUGGGUGCAUCGGGAGGAGGGCGGCAGAGAAAUUACUAUUAUAUGGCGAAUACCCGGCUGGAACUUUCCUAAUCCGAUUGAGCGAGCACAAUACUCCGGAUACCUUAAAAUCGUACGCCCUGUCCAUCCGGGACUACGACCCGAUGGUGGCCACCGGCAAACACAACGUCAAACACUACCAAAUCAAGGAAACCCCUCACGACACCUACUCCAUGGCCAACAGGGAGUUCCGGUUCCUCCACGAGAUCGUCCAGUUCUACAGCACACACCCGGGUGGACUAUGUCACUCACUGGGCCAGCCCUGCCCUAAGCCCUUACCGGGAAUCAUACCGCCCGGCCGUACCGACGAGAUUGACCGAAAAGACCUGAAAAUGAUC